UUCCGCGCGACUUUCAGCUUCAUCUCCACAGCUCACGAACGCCUUUUUUUUUUUUAAGAAGACGAAGCUCUUGUUAUUUUAAAAAUGCUCAAAAAGAAGUCAAGUAGCUCUGACAAGAAAAGGAAACACUCACAAAGUGAAGAACGACAUGACAACACUAAACGCAGAAGUACGGAAGCAAACGCGGAGCGGGAACCAAAGGAUGAGCUCGCCGACCCGGAGCUGGACAGGAUUGGCAGCGACAUCGAGGACGGGGGACUUGACCUCAGCCUGCAGUUCAAGCCCAUCACUGCCUUUGCCGGCGACAGAAAGGAGAUGCUGGAGCAGUGUUUCCGCGUGCUGGGCGACAAGAAACUUCGUAAAAUGCUGCCAGAUGAACUAAAGGACUGUAGUUUAGACGAAAUGAAAAAGCUGUGCUGGGAGCAACUGGAGCUGAUCACAGACACAAAUCUGAUCCAGAUCUUAUCAGGGGAAGAAAUUACAUCUGGAAAUGGAGACAGAAAUCCAGAAGAGACCGUGGAAAGCCAGCAAGACAAUAUUGUUGACUCUACAUCGUGCGUCAAAGAAACUGCAAAAACUGAGGACAUUAAGCAAGAGGGUGUGUCAGGCGAGGAGAGUGACGUCCUGAGUAUAAACGCAGACACUUACGACAGCGACAUCGAGGGACAUAAAGAGGAGCAGGCUGUGAAAGCCGUGGACGGAGGGGUUAAAGCAGCGGACAGCAACCAGGAAGAUGCUGACCAGGCUGUAAAUGCUGACCCAGCGGUUAAACCUGACCCGGCAAAUCCCGAACCCCCCAAAGGCGGUAAACCAACAGAAGCAAAGAAAGACAUUCAGAGCGACAUAGACAAAAGUGUUAGCGAGAUUUUGGCAUUUUCUUCGACAUCCAAUAAAGAGGCCGUAGAAGUGACUGCACCUCCGCCGCCUCCAGAUGUAAGCUCACCUGUUCAAAGUGGAUCUGUUACAAGUCGUGGGGCGGCAGGGAGUCAGCCGUCAAUUCAGCAGCUGGAGCUUCUGGAGUUGGAAAUGAGGGCGAGGGCCAUUAAGGCGCUGAUGAAAGCGAGCGACGGGAAAAAACCUGUCGUAACAAAAACUGUGUAGAGCAUUUUGUUGUUUUAUUUAUGGUUUAAUCAUUCAUACUGAUACAAAAAUGAAACUCCCACAUACGGAUAUUUUUAGUUUUUGUUUGAAAUGGCAACUUAUGACUGUUUUUUUUUUUGUGUGAUAUGUAUUGUUCUACGAGUGUGCCAUUCAAACUGUCAUGUUCCUGCUCCAUAUUGGAAUGAUUGUGCUGAAUGUUUAGUGAAGAUUAAACAUUAAAAGGCUUGUCCUCUACCCUCUGAA